CGGGUCCAUGGAGAAGAGCCCGGUACCGGCGGAGAAGCCGCGGGGAGCCAGGUGCACCAAUGGGUUCCCCGAGCGGGAGCUGCCGCGACCCGGGGCGAGCCGGGCUGCCGAGAAGUCCCGGCCACCCGAGGCCAAGGGCGCACAGCCGGCCGACGGCUGGAAGGCAGGGCGGCCCCGCAGCGAGGAGGACAACGAGCUGAACCUCCCUAACCUGGCGGCCGCCUACUCCUCCAUUCUGCGCUCUCUGGGCGAGGACCCCCAGCGGCAGGGGCUGCUCAAGACGCCCUGGAGGGCGGCUACCGCCAUGCAGUUCUUCACCAAGGGAUACCAGGAGACCAUCUCAGAUGUUCUGAAUGACGCCAUAUUUGAUGAGGACCAUGACGAGAUGGUGAUUGUGAAGGACAUAGACAUGUUUUCCAUGUGUGAACAUCACCUGGUUCCGUUUGUGGGACGGGUCCAUAUCGGUUAUCUUCCUAACAAGCAAGUCCUUGGUCUCAGCAAGCUUGCCAGGAUUGUAGAAAUCUACAGUAGAAGACUACAAGUCCAAGAGCGCCUCACCAAACAAAUUGCGGUGGCCAUCACGGAAGCCUUGCAGCCUGCUGGCGUUGGGGUGGUGAUCGAGGCAACACACAUGUGCAUGGUAAUGCGAGGUGUGCAGAAAAUGAACAGCAAGACUGUCACCAGCACCAUGCUGGGCGUGUUCCGGGAAGACCCAAAGACUCGGGAGGAGUUCCUCACGCUCAUCCGGAGCUGAACUACCGUGCAGGGAGACUGGGU